GACUUAUCAGACAUCGCCGCUCUCUCGCGGCGUGCGUGGUCGCUGUUCCCUUCUCGCGUCGUUGGCGAUCGAUCGAUUGAUCUGGAACUUCCCAUCCCUGGUCGAUCGGGUAGCCGCCGGAUCGGAAAGAUGAACGACGCGGAUGUCUCUAAGCAGAUCCAGCAGAUGGUGCGGUUCAUCCGCCAGGAGGCCGAGGAGAAGGCCAACGAGAUCUCGAUCUCCGCUGAAGAGGAAUUUAACAUUGAAAAGCUGCAACUUGUUGAAGCUGAAAUGAAGAAGAUCAGGCAGGAAUAUGAACGAAAAGAGAAGCAAGUCGAAAUUCGGAAGAAAAUUGAAUAUUCUAUGCAGCUGAAUGCAUCUCGUAUUAAAGUUCUUCAAGCUCAAGAUGAUUUAGUCAACUCCAUGAAAGAGGAUGCUGCAAAGGAGCUUCUGAAUGUCAGCCAUCAUCAUCAUAUCCUGAAUGUCACCCACCAUGAUCAUGAAUACAAACACCUUUUGAAAGAACUCAUUGUUCAGAGCUUGCUGAGAUUGAAAGAACCGGCUGUUCUCUUGCGCUGUCGUAAAGAUGAUGCUCAUCUUGUGGAGUCCGCUCUGGAAUCAGCAAAAGAGGAUUAUGCAGCUAAAGCAAAUGUUCAUCCUCCAGAUAUCAUCAUAGACCACAAAGUCUACCUGCCACCUGCUCCGAGCCACCACCAUGCUCAUGGUCCCUCUUGCUCUGGUGGUGUCGUCCUGGCUUCUAUAGAUGGGAAGAUUGUUUGUGAGAAUACACUUGAUGCAAGACUGGAUGUUGCCUUCCGCAAGAAACUGCCUGAGAUAAGGAAGAGUCUUUAUGGCCAGGUCGUUGCUUGAUCAAAUGGGUGUAAUCGAUGCUACAUGUAUCCUUUGCCUCAGAGAUGCGAGAUGGCUUAUCCAUCACUAGAGCAGUUAUAUAUGUUUUGCUUUGUCUGGAUUUAAGUGCUUUGAUCACUCAGUGGUGAGAUACUUGUUCAUCCAAUAAUGUAAUGACUAUCACAUUUGUAUUGUAUUUCUUAUGGUCGCUGGACCAAAUAUUUUGGUGUCAUUUCUUUGCAUU